UGAGCUAUCAACAAGACAGUGAUGGUCGCUGCCGAGCUCAGCUGUGUAUUCGCGUUCUGUUGCCUUAAUUUGACCAUAUUGUUGUAGCUUUUAAGACUCUGGGGAACCUAUGCAUGGACAACAGCUAUGAAUUCUCUCCGGAAAUGGUUCUACAGACCCCGGAAAGAUGACCCUUCCUUGAUGGCACAGUUUUACUAUGCUGAUGAUGAGUUGAACAUGGUAGCAGCGGAGCUUGAUAGUUUUGACGGCAGGAAGGAUCCUGAGAGAUGCACUGCUCUUGUCAACCAGCUUCGCCAGUGCCAGGACAGGGUUCUCAAUAUAUGCAUAGAGAUGAUGGAUGAGAUCAUCCCACAUGAGCGUGCCAGUCGGGAUUUUCGUGUGAAAUUCCCUGAUGAUGUCAUGCAGGAGAAUUUAGCAGGACAGCUGUGGUUUGGUGCAGAGUGUUUGGCAGCUGGGAGUAGCAUCAUGAACCGUGAAGCGGAGAGCUCGCGCAUGAGACCACUGGCCAAAGCUGUAACUAAGACCAUUGAGACGGUUAGAAAUCUCCUAAGAGAACAGUGCCUAAAGCCUGUUCCAGAGUACACAGAAAAAAUUCGAGAGUCCCUAAAGAUUUUUGAUAGACUCUUUGCCGAGUUUGAGUUGAGCUACGUGAGUGCGAUGGUGCCGGUGAAGAGUGUCGAGGAACACGAUGUUCAACAGAAUGUUGUUGUUCUUUUUUCCGAAACUGUCCAAAGGGCUCUGAAACUUGGUUUAACGACUCAAGACCAAAUUGACGAUUAUGACCCGGCAUUGAUGUUCACAAUUCCUCGUCUGGCCAUUGUUGCCGGUUUGGUUAUGUUUCCCGACGGACCCUUAAACUUAGACCGGGAACCUAGGAGCCUGUCUGAACUAUUUCGACCAUUUAGAACGUUGCUGAGCAAAAUACGUGAACUCCUGUGGACAAUGAGCACUAGUGAGUUGGCAGCUUUGGAAAAAGCGUUGUGCUCAAUAGAUGAACCUGACCCUUCCUCACAGAUCCCUAAUGAUGACAGCCUACCACCAAAUGCAUAUGGGCAGGCAUCCUUUACUUCUGAUUUUGUUCAAAAAUUUUAUGCUAGCUAUCCAUCAUGCAAGUAUCUUACUCCAGAAUUAAGUUCUUUAUAUCAACCUGGAAAGAAACCCGAGCGCUAUGAACGGAAACGAGAAAGAACUUCUGGGAAAGGAAGAGGAUCACGCUCCAGAGCAAGGCAAGAACGUCAGAGUGAAAAAUUUCUGGCACGUCUGAAUGCCACCGUGGAAGAGAGGCCACGAGCACGUCGCAGAUCUCGCCGUAGCCACUCCCAUCGCCACCACCAAAAUCCCCCUCCCCCACCCCCUCCAGACAGUGAUAGUGGUGAAGAGCAUCGCCAUUCUCACCACCAUCAGUCAAGAUCAUCAUCAACUCGCCCUGAACGUCAGCAGCAGCAGCAGCAUCAGCAUCACCAUCACAUCCCUCCUCCCCCUCCACCACCACAUCAACACCACCAGCUGCAACUUCAUGGACACCAGUCGGAUCAACGCUAUCAACACCAACGACACCAUGCUCACCGCCCAAGACGAUCCAAACACCAGCCUGUUGAUAGGAUCAAAAGCAUUGCCUGUUCGUGUGGCACCGUUAAUGAAUUUGAUCGUGGCUACCACGAUGAAUCUCAUCAGGGUUCCAAUCAAUCUGACGCUCCUCAUGGUAGUCAGACACACAGUGAAGCAGCACCACUUCAAUCUGUCAUUGCUCAUCCACACUGUAGCACUGCCUCAACACAUUGUGAUAGUUCGUGUGAUAAUGUUCAUGUAAAUAUUCAAGCUAAUAGUAGAUGGGAGGAGGCGAGUCCUUCAUAUGUUAAUGAUCGUGUUAGUAAUGUAGAAACCGCAGACAGUGGCACUCUGCGUCGUUUGUCUGACAUCCAGGAAUGUGAGAACAGGGAUUGUGAGGCUAGUGCAAGUGCAACAGCACAACUGUGCAUUCAUGAUGAUUCAUUAUGCACUAGUUCAUGUGAAGUGUGUGGGACUACUCAGCCAUGUUCAUGUCAUAAUCAGAGCCUUCAUGUGGAAAACACUUCCAGCACAACUGAUACAGAUAAUGUAGCUUCAUGUGGAUAUGCAAAAAAUAUGUCGGAGAUACAAAGCGAAAGUUGUAUUUCUGAGGACCUGCACGAACUAAAUAUAAGCAAAGAAUCAGAUACUGUAUCAUGCACUCAGGAAAUUGACCAAGGAAACCCUGAAACAAAUCCCCAGGUAUCAGUUUCAUCUGCUAUGGAUCCGGCUAGUCCAGAGAGUCAAAGUGGACAUUGUUCAAGUGGAUCAACGUCGCCUUAUAAUUCUGGUGCAGAAGAUGACGAGGAAGUAGCCCUGGCUCUUCAGGCAGCAGAAGUUGCUGCUACUUGGAGGGCUCGUGCAAGGUUUUCUGAUGCGCAAGAUUUGAUCCAUCGGCUGUUUGUGUGCAUCUCGGGUGUUGCCGACCAGCUCCAGACAAACUACGCCAGUGACUUGCGCAAGAUCCUUAAGUGCGUGUUCCUCAUGAAUCAGUCCCCCCCUGAGGAGCCACCCAAGAGCCAAGGCAAUGAGGAGCCUCAGUGGUCGGCAUCUUCCCCUAUACAUUCCUAUGAAGAUGAUGAAAAUGCUGAAAACUCCAUUGGUGGCAAUGAUUCUGAACGUCUGAGUGUUGAGAGUGCUGAGGAUGCCCUUGUGGUAAUAGGGAGCCCAGAACAUCAUUGCAACUCACCUGUAUUGAGCACAGAGGACCAGCCCAUUGGAGAUUCCCCUCAUUCAUCCCCACAAUCCUCUCCUCCAUCAUCUCCAUCGGCAGUUUUAUCUUUACUAUCUCCUUUUGCCUCACUUGCUGCACCCCUAACAUCUACUUCAUCUGUAGUGUUAACUCCACAAGUGAUGCAGCCAUCUUACACACCUGCCACUGACAUCCCCUUAUCUCCUACGAGCUCGCUUCUGACCUCGUCGUCUCCACCCGCGUGUCCUCCGUCUGUACAAGUCCCGGCGGCAAUCUUCAACGACCAUGCUCUUAUGCAGUUCUCUGAAGUAACUCAGGCAUCUAUACCUCCGAACGUUGAGCUACUUCCUCCCCCACAAAUGCAGUAUGCCGAGUCCUUUGGGGUUAUCCCUGAACCCUUCACUCGGUCUCCACAGGAACAGUCAAUGGUAACUCGAGAUGGCGUUGAACUAGUUUCAUCCAGCAGCCCCAGAGAACGAAACAACGAGUCUGGUCGUCGACGGCGUCGGGUCCAAGAACCCCCAGUAUGGGUGCCUGACCAGCAAGCCCCGAGGUGCAUGGCGUGUGGGGCAGCUUUUACUAUGGUACGCAGGCGCCACCACUGCAGAAAUUGUGGCAAGGUAUUCUGUGCACACUGCAGUCAACAUGCAGUGCCACUACCGCAUUAUGGAAUAUGGAAGGCUGUGCGUGUGUGUAACGUUUGCUUCCUCUACUAUGUCACAUUCACUACAGAAACUACAACGCCAUCCUCUUGACCCCACCAUGUAAGCAGCGAGGAUUCUCAUCAUCAUUACCACACUGUGCACAGCCUCGGAGAUGACGGCCAACACGAUAAUCAACACCUGAGUUACCACAGCCUCGACCAACAUUACCAUUAAUAUGCACAUUUCAAUAUGCACAUGGUAAUGUCCAGUGUGGAUGCCGUUGUAGCUGCUUCUAACCAUAGCAGUUACAGUUGGUGUGUGUGGAGACUCCAACCAGUUAGCUCAGUAAGUAGAACUGGCAACUUCCCGACUAACAUGCUGCACUCGUAAUCCUAGCGCAGUUGCUAAAUAAUUAAGCCUCAUCCAAAUGCCUUAUAAGUUGACUGUUAAUAUUACCAAAGGUGUCUUGCAGUUCAUUAUGUCAAAUUUUAAUAUAGCUGUCCACAGUAUGCAAGAUUUUGACGUAGCUUAAGUAGGAAGGUAAUAGUAUGUUCGUUGAUAUAUUGUGACUUAGAUACCAUGUAUCUAGUACUGUAAUUUACAUUUUCAACUGUUGUUUAUAAAAAUGUUAUAAAGUCCCGCUGGUUGGGUCACUGCCACACAGAUAUGUUAGUCACUAGGAGAUGUGUGACAAAAUAGCACCAAGACAGUACUUUGAUUUUGUUUUUGUGAGAUUCUACACGUUUCAUAAAGUUGCAUAAUAGCAAAUGUACUAAAAAUCUACUUAGUAAGUGUAUUUUAUUAAAACAAGUUUUACAUGUUUAUUUUAUGAUGUGAGACUCCUGCCUAUUCAUGUUUGUCUUGUAUUUCUAUUACAAAUAUAAAUAUAAGCAGAAUUGGUUUUAGGUUUUAAAAAGGCAACAUUGCCGUUAUGAAAGAAGCUUAUUGUUAGUUGUUGAAUGUUGGCAGGUUGUCCUAGUCAAGUACCAAUUCCAAUAUUUAGUCAGAUUUCUGUUAUAAAAGUAGUUCUUGAAGAAAAGGUGUAUUUUUCUUAACGAGACUAGUACUCACCUAGUUGUGUUUGCGGGGGUUGAGCUCUGGCUCUUUGGUCCCGCCUCUCAACCGUCAAUCAACAGGUGUACAGAUUCCUGAGCCUAUCGGGCUCUGUCAUAUCUACACUUGAUGGCAGUGUGUGCAGCACUGCUCCUGGACCAGGGGUCAAGAGUCAUUAAUUAGGUACGACACCCGCGCCGCUUGCCUUGAUCAUGGCGCCUUAGUCCGUAUUUCCUAAUCGCUGAACAAGUCUGGAACUGCUGCAGUGUUGUUCUUGACCCAAGGUUAUUAUUGUUAUAAAUGGUCUCUAAGCUUGCCAAGUGUUCAAUACAAACCAAGCUGACGGAAUUCAUGAAGAAAGUGUCUUGUCUGAUAAGUGGUCACUUAAGUGCUUGAUGAACCUUGGACCAAAUUGAUUGGAGAGGGAUUUUAAAUGCACAAUAAUAUUGGCUUGAGCUACCUUGUCAUGUGCAUAAUAAUAAUAAAAAGCGUUCUGGCCAGAUUGUCAUUGUUCAGAUAUUUGACUUUGUGUAAUAGUUGACAUUUGAUGAAACCUCAAUUUAAAAGUUAACUUCAGUAUUUACACUGUAAAGUAUUGCACUUUUUCCAUUUAAUUAAUAACAGAUUUACUAAAAUUAUAUUAUUCAUUAUUUUUUAGAUAAUGCAUUUAAUAAACUUUGUUGUUUAAGUAGAUGUUCUUGAAAAUUCCAAUUAUCACCUAUAGACAAGUUUCAGAUAGAAAGUUGGGUCAAAUGUACAGUACAAAGAAAUGAAAAUAUCUUUAAGGCAUAGCUGUUUGAGAUUGGAGGACCGCAUUUGUACCAAAAUUGAUUCCAAAUGUGUGCGCUCCUCACAAAGGGACCAGGUGGACACACCCAUAUAAUGAUUCUUCUGGGCGGCACAGUAAUACUUCUUACUUAAAUCCUUCACUUUCAUAUUAAUUCCAUGUUCUAGUAAAAGCUUAGGAAAUAAAUCAUUGUACAUGCAAUUAUGCAUUCAUUCAUUCACUGAAAAAUAACUCCUGUCCAGAAACAAAAGCACUUACUAUCCACUUUCUUUUUUCAACCUAAUUGUGUCAUAGGAUUAAUUAACAUUGAACAAGAUCUGAAUCCAAUUAAAAGUGGCUUAACAACAGCCACAUUUGUUAUAGUAUUUACAGUAUAACUAUAUUUUUAUUCACCGUCAUGCUUCCAAGUUAACGUACGUAACUACAUACACCACCCACAAAAUAUACGACAUUUGUGCCAAUAACUCUACAUCUUAAUUGUGCCCAACAGUCUGGGUAUUUUCUCCAGGCAAAUUUGGGCAAGUGGGAUUGAUGUAACAUUUAAGCAACAUUGAUGACAUGAAUUAAAUGUUACUCGAGCAUGUUUUGCCUGCAGAGUUUGAGCAGAUGACAGAGGCCAUGAACAAGUCAUCCCAACACUUGUUUUCCCCUGCUUUUUGCAGCAUAGUUUUCACAGAUUUGAAAGCCUUUAUAUUGUGAAAUUCUAAUAAAGGAAAUUUUACAUGCA